GUUGUCUGAGACUAUACACCAAUAUAGGAUCUAACUACCCAGAUCAAACCCCGUGCUCGAGAGCCAAUUCAUGCUGGCCAGAAACUGUCGGUGCUGUCUUGUGCGGCUGUACUUUCCCAAACACAGUAAGAACGUGUUCGACGCACCCUUGGCCUUCAUCCACCAUCAUCCAACUCGCAAUAGGUCUUCUCUAUGCCCAGGUCGUCCCAAACCUACUCUUUCCAGGCUGGAAAUCAACAUGUACUCAACGGUGCCCGCGACACCAGGAUAGGGAAUGCGGUAUUCAAUAACGUCGGUCGUGAUCAGAAUUAUUUUACUGGAAACCCACUUUGGGAAGCGAUUGCAGACGUCGGAGCAUCUCAUAAUUCGGAACAACAGGUUGACCGGGGCCGUUGUCUCCCUGGAACUCGUAAAGCAGUUCUCAAACUGAUUCGACAAUGGAGAGUUUCCAACUGCAAGAGUAUGCCAAUUUGUUGGCUUUCUGGCACUGCGGGUGUAGGAAAGUCAGCCAUCGCAUUGACUGUUGCCGAAGAAUGCGAGAAAGAUGGCCUCGUGGCCUCGUUCUUCUUUUUCAGAUCGGACCCCAAGCGAAACAAUCCUUCAUCCCUCAUUCUCUCCAUCACACAUGGCCUCGUAGUGACAAGGCCACAUUUGAAGCCCUUCGUUGACCAGAGAAUCGCUGUUGAUCCUCGGAUCCUCAAGGCUAGGCUGGAAGAUCAGUACAAGGAACUCAUCCUAGAAAAUCUGAAUCAUCCUCCCCAUCAAAGGGUCCCUGAUUUGGUUGUCAUCGAUGGCCUCGAUGAAUGUAGUGAUGCUGCCACGCAGCGCCGUGUCCUCUCCAUCAUUUUUUCCACGUAUCAACAACCAUACCAUUACCCUAUGCGGUUCCUCAUAUGCAGCCGUCCUGAAUCCUGGAUUCGACAAGAAUUUAGUCGUUUCAGUGACCUGACCAAACAUAUCGAACUGGAUGAUUCGUUCCGCCCCCGGUACGACAUUGAACUUUAUCUCAACCAGCAGUUCCAGGAGAUCCGAGAAGAUCCCAGCUAUUCGCAGGUUGUAUUCCCAAACCCAUGGCCAUCUCCCCAUCAUGUUUGGCUCCUGGUUCGGAAAGCUGAUGGUCAAUUCAUUUUUGUGAUAACUGCCAUGAAGUUUGUCAAGAUGGAGUACACACUUCCAACUGAUCAGCUUUGCAUUAUCCUCAAUACUAUAUCCAAUCCUUCCUCUGUAUCUUCGAUUCAUUCGCCCUUCAAUGAUCUCGACCAACUUUAUCUUGUGGUAUUGCGUGCCAACCCUGACCGUGACAAGCGUCUGCUUCCCAUUCUUGCGGCGAUCACCAUAGUUCCAAACUCAUCUCCAGCAUUCAUUGAACUUCUACUCGGGCUCUCUCCCGGCAUGGUUGCUCAGACAUUACGUGCGACGCACUCGGUACUCGAUGUCCGUGGUUGUGAAAAUGUCAUUGGCAUUUACCACCAAUCUUUCACCGAUUUCCUUGUCAGCCAGGCGCGGUCAAGGGAGUUCUACAUCGACCUGUCGAUGUGGAAGGACUCCCUGGCCUGUCGGUGGACUAGACUCCUUACCAAGCAGUGUGAAGAUGAUCCUGGGCUGCUAAGGACCAUACACUUAACUUACUCGAGUUCUUUACAAAAAUUGGUAUUAUGCUGGAACAAUGACUGCCUUUCUCGAGUGGGUGAUAUCAGUAGUGCACUGAUGUCAGAAGUGGAUGCUUUCUACCACGUGGCUUUGUCUAUUUCUGCGGAGUUAGUGGGUCAUGACAGGCUCCUUCAGAUACUUGCGGCAAUUCUACUACCAUCUCGUGGUCCAUGCUCACCCGCUUUCAUCCAAUCAUUGCUUGGUAUCCGGAGAGAGGAUUUAGAUCAGGCAUUGCGAGCGAUGAACACAAUUGUUCACGUGGAUCAACAAUUUGAUUUCCAAUCCAUUUCUCUUGUUGACUCCACACAUUACACAUUCCGGGAUUUCCUUUUCUCCCGUUCUCGGUCGAAGGUGUUUUUCAUCGAAAAAGGCUAUCAUAGCAACUUCCUUGCACUGAAAUACCUCCGUCUUUUACGGAUGGGUGUAAUCCCUCCAAGCGAAGAUGGGGUUUUGUUCAUGAAGAGUUGGGCUCACAUCUGCACUGACGUCGACAUUCCUAGUGAGGAAUUGUUGUUCGAACUCUACCAUAUGGACUUAGGUGGCGCCUUUGUGAAGUCCCCCAACUGCCUGCGUCGCCUUCUUUGUGACUUCAAAAUGAUCACAACCUGGCUAGAAUCUAAAACCAACACCACCGAUCUUUUUGAUCCUUUUGGGAGUAUUCAAAGAAGAUUUCAUAUUCGAAGCACAACGCAUUGGCAACCAGGAUUCCCCGAUGACAUCAUCGCUACAAUAAUCCUCUCAAUCGUCGAUUGGUGGCAGUCCCCGGAUCCAAAGUCCUUUGCAUGUUAUCCUGAGGGGGAAACAAUUCGCGUCGAAUGGAUGAUGGAUUGCGGCAUGAACUACGACCAGUGCCAGGAAUUGCAUAGAUUGGCCACGAUCACAUUGCGCUCAGCCGAGUUUUGCCGGUGUUCAAGCUCUGCAUUUGAUUCUAAUUGUGUUUCGACUCUGAUCCCUGGUACAACGGACAUGUAUCACGUCAAUAUCCCAGCUGGUUGUGCUCAAGUUUUUAAAAAACUUGUAGCCAAUUUGGAGACACACAAAACACAAGAUUUGACCUUUAUGUGCCGCCAUCUUGCUUGCCAACUGUUGGUGAAGUGUCCGCGUCUAAUUACAAAAUGUCUUCCCUUACCUGAACUACUUCCCCACUUUCGGAUGCUCUUGGAUUUCGCUAAGGCAUUGGGUUUAGGCAAAUCCUAUCAUCCAAGGGAAUUCGAGACAUCAGGGAAGAAGCUGCUGUCGUGGCUCGAGAAGUUCCCUCCCGAUUGUGCCUGUGAAGUUGAGCCUUUAAGAAACGAUCUCCUUUCUCUAAUAUUAGCCUAUGCCACUUGAUGAAUGAUUUCUUCGCAUUUCAUUGAAUUGACUAUGAACCGUUGUCCU